AUGGCGAUGAUACGGCCAAGGCAGCAUCGCCCCGCUGUCUUGGCCGUCACCAAGUCCAAGGGGUCGAUCCUGACACCGAAGGCUACCUCGGACUCGGCAGUCUUCGACUUGCGUGACAUCGAGAACUUAGAUGAAGACGAGGCACAGGACCUGGCCGCCGAGCGCCUGAAAGAGUUCUGCAAAGAAUGCUGUGGCUCCGUGCUACGCGCUUGGGCGCACGUCUUCGACAGCAACAAUGACCAGCGAAUCAGCAGAGUGGAGUUUCAGAAUGGCAUGCGCAAAUUGGGCUACAUGGGCGACUGCUACAAGCUCUUCAACCUCUUGGACAAAGACGCGUCUGGCGAGAUCACUCUCGAAGAGAUUGAUUUUGACAGCGACAGGAAGUGGCGGCAGUUUCGGAAGUUCUGUGUGAAACGCUUCUCCAGCUCGGACGACUUCCUGCAGCAACUUUCCGCUUUGGCCACCGCCAUGGAUGACCUUUCGAUCCCGGAGACCAACAAGAAGAAGCCAAGGGUCGAGGCGCUCUCCAAGGUCGAGUUCCUCCUUGGCAUGAUCAACUCGGGUUGGCCAGGGGAAGACAGGGACCUCGACGAAAUCUGGAUCACGCUGCGAGAUGCCACCGACGAAAUGUUGCGACAUGUCGAGCGUGACGGGCCAGGACUCGAUUGGUUUGGCAUCGAGCUGAGGCGAGCGAAAAAGAAAAGAAUGGCAAAGCAGAAGUCGCAACAGUGGUUCGCGCUGAAGUCUCGGCAAGGCACCAACCCUUUCGUGGUGGCGAAAUGCUUCGAAAACUUCAAAACGUUCAUGCGCAAGAAGCACGGCAACCUCAUCCGAGCUUGGAGGCAGGAUUUGACUGUGAACGAUGCAAUGUCGAUCGCCAAAGUCAAGUUCCUGCGCGAGGCAGCGAAGCUUGGGUUUUCGCGUGAUGCGAAGGAUUUGUGGAGAGCCUUAGACAAGGAUGAAUCCGGAACUGCUUCGGUGGAUGAGUUGGACCCGGUGGGGGCUGAAACUCUCGCCCACUUCAAGGUCUGGGUGGACACUGAGUUCGGUGGCAUACGGAACGCCUUCAGGCAGAUAGAUGAAGACAAUACCAAGUCGAUUACAAUCAAGGAGUUCGACAAGGCCCUCCGGAAUUUCAACUUCCCACGGCAAUCCAAAGCCCUGUUUCAGAUGCUGGACAAGGACGCCAAUGGAAAGCUGGAAAUGGAAGAUCUGAUUUUCCUGGAGAAAUGGCAGCCACUCGAGUUCCUCUUGAUGGCUCCCGAUCACCAGGCCAAACAGGAGUUUCGGGAGCUCUUGCUUGCGAAGAUGGGAAAGUAUCUGAAAGCUUGGAAGCGCAUCCUGGACAAGGAUGCCACCAACCGCUGCAACUGGUACGAGUUCCAGGAUGCUUGCAAAGAGAUUGGCUUCCGGGGGAACAUGGGCGGUGCCUGGCGGGCCUUCGACGAAGACUUGUCAGGUUACAUUACCCUGAAAGAGCUCGAUGAACAGGCAUCAGCAGUCCUUCUGGGCUUUCGUCGCUGGGCUAUCCAAGAGUUCGGAUCGGUCCGACAGCUUUUCCAGAUCUUCGACAAGGAUGGGUCCAACAGCCUCAGCUUCCUGGAAUGGCGUGGGGCGCUGAGGGUAUAUGGCUACGAUGGACCGAGCAGGGAGCUGUUCCAAGCUUUGGACGUGGACCAGGAGGGCACGCUGUCAAUGAAGGAGGUGGACUUCUUGGACGACUGGGAUCUAGACCUGGAGGAAGAGCUGCCCGAGAGCCAGAGCCGACGGCCCUCCAACCAGCCACGGCCGACGAGCCCGGCAGCCCGUCGUGCGGAAGCAGCGCCGAAGGGUCCUCACACGACCUCCGCACGACGACUUUCCUACGCAAGACGUGCCUCCUUGCAGGAAUCCGCCCAGGACGAGGACAGCUCUGACAGCUCAGAGCCCGAGAGGCCCAAAAACAUCGCACGGCGCUGGCGGGUCCAGAACCCCAUGGGCCUGAUCCGCCUGGUGAACAAGGUGAUUCCCAAGAAGAAGCCCAGGUUUUACAUGUCCAACGGGGUGGUCAUGGAGCGCUCGGAGGCCAGCAGGGAUUCCACUGUGAGUCGGCCUCUCACCCAGACGCUGACGCAAUCCGAGGCAGAUGAGCUUUCUCUGAGCCACGACUUAUCUACGACGCUGAGCCGACCCACGACGCAAGAAAGGUUCUUGACCUUCUCGGAGGAGGUAAACGGUGAGCUUGCCCUCAGCCGGCCAAUGACACAGUCCACCUUCGAGUUUGGAGAGGCCAGCAGCGAGUUGGCAGCGAGCCGACCCAUGACGCAACACACAGUAACCUUCUCGGAGGCCAGCUGCGAGCUUCCCGUCUUGCACCGCCAAAGUACGCAGCACUCAGAGGGAGGCUUCGGGAGCGAGGCUGUGGCCUCUUUCUGCUUCGCGCCGGCCUCUGGCGCAGAAGCCCUUGAGCGUGCCAGUCAGAGAGACUACCUGACGCAGGCCCUGGGGCUGGAUCGGGAGAUGGAGCCUGUGGCACCUCCGUUGCCUGCGAGGACAAGACCACCACCUGGGAAAGCGCGGCAGCUGCGCGUGGCAGCGCUCCAGGCCGAAAGCGACUUGUCACUGCGGCCGUCGCUGGACCAACUGCUAACUUCCGUCUGCGUCGGACCAGCCAUGCUUUCGACGAUGCUUCUGAGGGACCGUGGUCUCUUGGGCAGCAUGUUCAGGAUAAGCUUACUUUGGCAAGAUGGCUGUGUCCGUCAGAUCAUCGCAGGUCGUACUACGAUGCGAUGGCUUGCUAUUACCAUUACGGUGAAGUUUUGUAAAUAUAUGGGGGCCCGGCCAGCCGCACUGGCCGCAGAGGUAGUAUAA